CCGGUCUCCUCCCACCGCAUCGCGUCGCAUAUCCCCCUCCCUCGCGUCACCCACAGCCGGCCUCAAUUUUCCAUCUGCUCCCCGUGCUCUUAAUGGGCUUUCCCUCCCUCCGACAUGGCCGGCGACCCCCGCACCCGCGCCGCCGGUGACCCCUCCGCCGCCUCCCCCUCCUCCUCCCCCGCCGUCGGCCCCUCCAGGCUCUUCCUCCACCUGCUCCUCCUCCACUCGCUCUUAUAACCCCGCGCCCCCCCGCCGCCAGCCCAUGGCCGCCGUCUUCUACCACCACGUCGUCGGCGACCUCACCGUCGGCAAGCCCGAGAUCGCCGAGCUCAGCGACGCCGACACGCUCGACGACGCGGCGCGGGCCAUCGCCGGCAGCCCCGAGGGCGCCGUGCCCGUCUGGCGCGCGCGGGCCGCCCCCGACGACCCGCCCUCCGGCGCCCGCUUCCUCGGCAUGAUCUCCGCCGUCGACAUCGCCGCCUUCCUCGCCGACGCCGGCGCCGGCGACCGCGCCAUGCGCGCCGCCGUCGGCGAGGCCGUGCAGCCCAACCAGGACCUGCUCCGGGAGGUCGAUCCCGGCACCAGGUUGAUCGAUGCGCUGGAGUUGAUGAGGCAUGGAGUGAAGCGCUUCCUUGUCCGCAAGAACGGCUCCUGGACAGGCAUCACCAAGCGGUUUUCGAUGCUUUACAACGGGAAAUGGAUGAAGAACUCGGAAUCGGGAUCCCCAAGCUCAGCUGGCAGCAGCAGCAUGCAGUUGUCCCCAUUUAUCAGUUGCACGGAGAGGUUUUGCUGCCUGUCAAGGGAAGACAUCCUCCGGUUCCUGAUCGGGUGCCUCGGCGCCCUCGCGCCCAUCCCACUGUCUCCAAUCUGUACCCUUGGAGCCAUCAACCCACACUACUGCCACGUCGAGGCGUCUGCGCCAGCCAUGGAGGCGAUCCAGAAGAUCCCUGGGGACCCAUGCGGCGUGGCCGUGGUCGAGACGACACCGGAUGGGGUCCGCAAGAUCAUCGGGGACAUCUCCGCCUACAAGCUGUGGAAGUGUGACUACGUGGCAGCCGCGUGGGCGCUGGCGAACCUGUCGGCGGGGCAGUUUGUCAUCGGCGCCGAUGAGAACGGGUCGACCCCCAUCUCCGCCUUCGCGGUGCCUUCCAUCAGCUCGUCGUUGUCGGAGGAGUCCGCCGAGCCCGGGCGCUCUCCCAGGCUGCUGAAGAAGUUCAGCAGCAGGAACAUUGGGUUCCUGAACAGCCAGGCGAACCAGGUGCGGAGCAUGUACCGGGGUCGGAGCUCGCCGCUGAUGUGCCGGAGCACGAGCUCGCUCGCGGCCGUCAUGGCGCAGAUGCUGUCCCACCGGGCCACGCAUGUGUGGGUGACCGAUGCGGAGGCCGAGGAGGACGACGUCCUUGUCGGUGUGGUGGGGUACACCGACAUCUUCGCAGCCGUUACCCGGAGCAGCGCCUGACCGUCGACGAUGUCCUGAUCGCGGUGGCGCGUGUUUGGGUGGUGUACUAUAAUUUGGGGUUAGUUUGGUGGUUGCCCAGAGUUGAGAACUUUGUUUUGGGUGUGUGAGCGUGUGAGACUGAAUGGGUUGUGUAUUGGUGGAUGUGCAUUCGUUGUUCAUGGUCCUAUAAUAAGGCAGACUCGGGCCUAUUUAUGCCUGGGAACCCAUUGAUCGCUCA